AGCUCCAUGUCUCCUGUGUUCCCGGUGAUGGGAAAGGGCGAUGGGGCCGGAGCAGCAGCCACCGCCUCCCCUGGGGUGUGGGGGGCACCAGAACAACCCCCCAUUGGGGUAUGGGCGGCACAGGUGGGGCUCCCCACACUGACCCCCCUGCCCCCCCAGAACGGGGAGCUCAAGCUGGCGGAUUUCGGGCUGGCCCGGGCCUUUGGCAUCCCCGUGCGCUGCUACUCAGCCGAGGUGGUCACUCUGUGGUACCGGCCCCCCGACGUCCUCUUCGGUGCCAAGCUCUACUCCACCUCCAUCGACAUGUGGUCAGCUGGGUGCAUCUUCGCAGAACUGGCCAAUGCGGGGCGGCCCCUCUUCCCGGGGAACGACGUGGACGACCAGCUGAAGAGGAUCUUCCGAUAUCCUUGGGAAUGGGGGGAACGGGGAGCUCUGGGGAUGGGGUUCCCCUGGAAUGGACCUCCCCUGGGAAUCCCCCUUGGAAAUGAGGACCCCAGUUGGUAAUGGGGAACCCUCUGGGAAUGGGGAGCCUUGUGAAUGGAGAGCCCCGUGGGAAC